CGCGAAUGAGCGAGAGGCAGGGCGACAGAACGUGAAGGAAACAAGCCCAGCCACUGAUCCAGCCACACACUCCACACAGUGCCAAGUCGUGGUGGAGGAGAGUUGGAAGCGGAGGGUGGGGGACAAGUGGGGAAUUCAUAACAAUUAAAAAACCCCGUCUCACUAACUCGAAGCAUGGCGUUGAGAAGCGAGCUGCUCAAAUCCGUGUGGCAUGCCUUCACUGCCCUGGACACCGAGAAGAGUGGCAAGGUGUCCAAGUCUCAGCUGAAGGUGCUGUCGCACAACCUGUGCACGGUGCUGCACGUGCCGCACGACCCCGUGGCGCUGGAGGAGCACUUCAGAGACGACGACCAGGGCCCUGUAUCGAGCCAUGGAUACAUGCCAUACCUCAACACCUACAUCCUGGACAAGGUGAAGCCUGACACGUUCGACAAAAGCCAGUUUGACGAGGUGUGCUGGAUGAUCAGCGCCAAGAAGAAUUACCCCAUGGAGGAGCGGCGUAACAGCCGUCUGGACGACAAGCAAGCCUACCUGUGGUGCCUCUUCAACUUCCUGUCGGAGGAGUCGUAUCCUCUCGUCAUCGUUGCCGAGGAGGUGGACUACCUGAUGAAGAAGCUGGCAGAAGCUAUUGGGCUGGACUGGAGGUCGCAGGACUUCGAAGAAUUGGUCGGCAAGAAUGAGACCCUGGAAGAGUCCGGCAUCUCAGCCUGGCAGUUCAUCCGCCUCUUUCAAAACCCGCUGCCAGCUGGUCUCGACUUCCCCUCCCUCGCCUUGGCGAUAGAUGAUGUUUACAACGAGCUGGUCCUUAACAUCACCAAAAAGGGUUACUUGUUUAAAAAGGGGCACAAGAGGAAGAACUGGAACGAGCGGUGGUUCAUACUGCGGAACAAUAUCCUGUCUUACUAUACUGCCGAGGACAUGAAGGACAAGAAAGGGGAGGUCGUCCUAGAAAAGGGCUGCUCUGUCGAGGUCCUCCCAGACCGAGAUGGAAGGAGAUGUUUUUUUGUCAUCAAGUGCCCGGACAAAUCUUUCGACGUUGGGGUCGAGGAUGCUCGCAGGCGACAAGAGUGGCUUGCAGUGAUCCAGCUCACGCUGCGGAUGCAGCAGGAGGGCAAGCGCUCGGUGGCGCAUGAGCAGAGGCAGCGGCGGCACGAGGAGCGCGCCUACAAGCAAGCGGAGCGCGAGGAGCUGUACCGCAUGCAGCAGCAGCAGGAGAGCAGGCAGCGCGAGCUGAUGCGACUCGAGCAGGAGCGACUGGAGGCGGAGGAGCGUGCGACGCAGGCGGAGAGCAAGCGGAUGCGCUCGCAAGAGGAGAUGCAGGAGCACUUCAAGCGGGAGCUGGAGCGCGAGAAACUGGCGCGCGUCGACAUGGAGGAGCAGAUCGCGCAGAAGACGGCCGAAUCGCAUUACUACCAGAGGCGCAUCCGCGAGCUGGAGGAGAUGUACGACCAGCUGUGCGCCGCGCUGGAGGUGGAGAAACGUGCCAAGCUGGAGCAGGAACAGGCGCGAUUGCACCAGGCCAGGCUGCUCGAGGAGGAGGGGUUGAAGCGGCGGGAGCUGGAGCAGCUGAGGCAGGAGCAGACGCAGCUCAUCGUGGAGGCGCGUGAGGAGCGGCGGGUGCUCGAGCAGGAGCGCAACGACACGGAGCUGGCGCUACGCUCGGUGGUCGUGCAUCUGGAGCAGCUGGAGCAAGACCGACGCGAAGCCGUGGAGAAGUACGAGCUGGCCUCCACGCGGCUGGAGAAUGCUCGCGGCAAUGCCAAGAGCUGGCGGGAGCGCGUGAUGGAGCAGGAGCGCCAGAUCGGGCUUCUUCGCCCCAUCCAGCCGGGGCACAAGGAUGUGGCGAUGAGCUCGCACCGGGGCCUGGGCGCAUUCCCACCGCAGAAGACUCCCAGGGAGACGCCAAGGAAGAAGGCGGCGGAUCAGCAGGUUGCCGAUGGCAUGUCGGCGCUGCACGUGGGAUCCGGCGAAGCGCCGUGACGUCGCGUGGCCACGUUCCCCCAUUCCCGAUGACCACGUGCGUGACCGUGCCGGCGGCGGCGGGGGGGUUUGGGCUCUCCGAUGUGGUGUCUCUGGUUGGUUUUGGCACGUCGUAUUCUUAGGUUUUUUCGGUAAAGUCACGUAGGUAAAACAAAUUUAAAUUAAUAAAAGUCAAAUAAAAUAAAAAUAAAAAAUCACGACGUUUUGGAGGCAUUUUUAUUUUAUUUUACUUUUAUUAAUUAAAUUUUUUUUACCUACGUGACUUUACCGAAAAAACCUAAGAAUAUGAAUCCUUGCAGUCACAAAAGCUUCAAAUCUAGAAUUUGGCACGUCGUGUUCGGCACGGUGUUACGACAUUUCGCUCAACGUGCUGGAAGCUUCUUCGGGGAAUUAAGUUCCGGAAAGAAGCUUGUCGGCAAAUAAACAGAAACCUCGGACAUCGUGCGGAGCAACACGCUAGAUCGCUAUUUUCCAGCGCAACCGCAAAAACGUGCACGGAGUGGGUAUAGGCUCGUCUCGAGCUCCUGGCCUCUUGUGUGGUUCAAGACGUUCAUUCUUUAGACAUGUAGGUUUGCAACUCUUCACCGAUUAAUAUCGAUUACAGUAUCCCCUCGUUAUUCACGAGGGAUACUUUCCGGAGAUGCUCGUGAAUAUAUUUGCGGAUGAUAUUGGCCGGCGAAAACACAUCUUAACUUUAUCUUAUCACUUUCUCGCAUUGCAUUCUCUCUCAUCACUUUAUCGCUCAUCACUGAAUCCUCUCAUCACUUUCUUUAUCUCUCUCGAUGCAGUCGUGUAGAGUUUCAAUGUGUAGAUAGCCAAAAUCGAGGAUAGCAAAUUAAUGAAUAACGAGAGAA